UCAAUAAUGUUUAAUAAUUAAUAACUAUUUUUUUUAUAUUUUGUUGCCGUGAUUGUGAUUUAUAAAUUACGAUUAGUAAAUCGUUUUUUUUCGGAAUUUCGUGUGUACUUAAAACGACAUCCACCAUUGGAAAUAAAUCGUUAUGUUCUUGACAAAUGUGUUACUGAAAAAAGUAAAAUCCAAGCACACUAUGGUGCUAAUGGAAAGCAUGGUAAGCGGUCACAAGUACAACGUGUUCAGGGAACGUUUGGCUGACAAACUAGAACUUAUACAUUUCGACCCUUGGAUAGGUCAAAUGUCCGUCUACAAGGAGAGGAAAAAAAUAAGAAGUGCAAACGUAAAGAGAUUCACAGAGCCUACAUAAAAGUCAAAGAAUUACUUGUGUUUAAUGUUAAUAAUUCAUAAAAUGUAGAAUAUUUGUAAGCAUUUAUAUUUACAAAUUGUUAAAUAU